UGUUCAAUUUCAGUAUGCUCAUCGACGGACAUGCUCUUCAGUGUGUCUAAUUUCAAUAUACAAUCGAAUUUCUGCCCACCGGUCAACAACAAUCACGAUCCGUUGAACAAUAAUCACGUCAAAAUUAACUCUAACGGCAGAACACUAGCCGCCGACCGUAAGCGACCGUAUCCAUGUAAUUUAUGCACGUCACGAUUCGGCAGCAAAAUGGAGCUCGAAGAGCACCAAAAUAGUCAUACCGGCAUGAAACCAUUCGAAUGCGAUGUUUGUAAAGCACGAUUCAAUCGCCGGUCGACAUUAUGGAAUCACAAACGAAUUCACUCAGACGCGAAGCCGUUUGUUUGUACUGUAUGUCAGAUGACGUUCAAGUGGAAGAACAGCUUAAAGUGUCAUAAAGAAAUGCAUAUGCGAAAAAACGAGUCCACACCACAUAUCGACAAUGAUCUACGUCAACUGACGUAUGCAACAGCGGCUAAGAGAAAAUUGAUGAUGGAUCAGGAAGAACAAGGUAACCCCGCAACGUCUUCGGCGUCAUCAAUUCAUAGCCAGCCGCUGAUAACCACAACAACACCAAAGAAGAAAACGAAUAAGUCUUCACCAAGUCACGCCGUCGGCGCCAUUCAUCUGAAUCCCAUUACACAACCUUUGCAAGCAAGUGCCCUUAUUCCGCCAUCAGAUCAUCAGCUAGACUUGGAUACAAGCUCGCUGGAUACUCUUGUCAGCAGCAACAACAAUCUUCUGAUGCAUAUUUAUAACAGGUUGAGAUUUUGCGAACUGAAAAUAAGAAGUCUUCUCGAAACUUCACGAAAGUGCAACAUUUCAGCGAGGCCCAUCAACCCUCAACAGCUGUUGGACCAAUGCGUUAUACUGACGACAGGGCACGACUAUGUUCCAAACUUCGACUAUCCUAUGAUUGGUAGCUAUCAGAUGCAAGCCGAACAACACGAAGCUACACCGUCGGCGCACGAAUCUAACGACGAAAAGAUUGUCCCAUAUGAGCAAUGGUAG